CUAAGAGUCACUCCAAAAAAACACUCUCUCCCCCGGCUCCGCUCUUAUCCUCGUCUCUCCGCUUCACUGCGUUGGGGCGCAUGCAUCUCAACUCCUCCCCCCUUCACCGCAUUCAUUCAUUCCUCUCUCAUCUAUUGUUAUCCUUGCCGAUUGCCACUUGCCUCUGGCUCCCAGACCUGAUCUCGUCUCAUCCAUUUUGGGAUACCGUCUGGUCCCUCUACCUUAUCAACACCCGCCCACAGCGCCUCUCAUUAUGAGAGCGCUACAUCCUUGAUGAUAACACAUGCUCACUCAGGUGAUUCGACCAUCUAGACAUACCAUACAUUUCACGACCACCUUGAGUGUUGAAUCAUUACUUUCAACAUCAAGUCGUCUCCCCAAGUUCUCACCAGCACCUUCCCAAUCUCACUCAAAGCGACCGUGUACCCUCUCCCAUCGCUCCUUCCACGUCUCAUCGCAGCAACUUACUGGCUCUGACCCUCAACAACGCGCUUUCUUCACCUACUCAUCUUCUGAUACUCGCCGCCAUCUCAUCUCAGAAGGUCGCACUACCACUCACAAAGACGAUCAACCCACCACAUCCUCCUCACCCUCAGCUUCUCCCUUCUUCCUCGAAACGGGCUACUCUAUCUUCGCCAAACGCCCCAGCCGUGCCUUCCCACCUCCCUUCGUAUCCCUCCCGUCAGGCUCAUUUUCUGACCCACUCACCACUCACAACAACCCCGUUCGCGGCCGCCGUCCAUCAUAUAAUGGUGAGCCUAUUCGAGGCAUCACCAAUGGCGAUGACGCCAUUCUGAUCGGCGAUCAAAACUUCCUCGCCGUCAACGACGGUGUAGGCGCAUGGGCUCAGAAGGAACGAGGCCACGCUGCUUUAUGGUCUCGCUUAAUAGCACACUUUUGGGCCGUCGAGAUCGAAAAGUCACUCAGCUCCACCGAUAGUGAUGCCAAUAGCAAUGGCGUUAAGCUCGAGGAUCUUGACCCUAUAAAAUGUCUACAAACCGCCUACGAGGAGACUAAACUUGCGACUAAAGGCAGGGCCGAAGGUCUUGCUGUAGCUGACGCCGUUGCCUCCGGUGCGUUUGAUGAUCCAAAGCAGAAAACCUCCGACCUGUCUCCCUCAACCACAUCCUCAAAGAAGUCAAAAUCAAAAUCCAAGGACAACGACAAGGACAAUGAGAAAGACCCGUUCGACAUUCUCGGCACAACCACGGCAAGCUCUGCCCUGCUUUAUCACAAACCUAACCCCUCCCCACCGCCUCCUGAUCCAGUCCCAGUCAUCCUCGCUACUUCGCUGGGAGACUGCAAAGUCCUAAUCGUCCGCCCUUCCACCAAGUCGGUCAUUUAUCGUUCCACAGAACAAUGGCAUUGGUUUGAUUGCCCCCGUCAGCUUGGCACAAAUUCACCUGACACUCCUUUGACGAAUGGUGUCACCGAGAUUGUCGAUGUUCAAGUCAAUGACAUGGUUGCUGUACUCAGCGACGGUGUCACUGACAAUCUGUGGGAACAUGAAAUCUCGGAUAUUCUAUGCCAGGGUGUCGAAUUGUGGGAGGGUGAUGGUGAAGGCGAAGAAAAGGCGGAUGCUAACAAAGACGGCAUCGUCUAUGUCGCAAGAAAACUCAUGAACGCAGCCCGGGAGAUCGCCACUGAUCCUAACGCAGAAAGUCCAUAUAUGGAACGAGCCUUUGAUGAAGGUAUCGCGGCAGAAGGUGGUAAGCUGGAUGACAUCAGUGUCGUCUUGGGCAUAGUGAGGAAAAGAAAAUCACCAAGGAGCGAAAACGACAAGGCAGAUUGAUAUCAUGAUGCUCAGUGUUGCCGAAUAUAAUUCGUGGACCUUCCCAAAGUUCCACUUUCAGCUUACAGCAGUCCGGUCACCGCUGACGGUCUUCGAUGCGCUAUGAAAGCUGAACGACACUCAACGAGGCAUCUAAUGCCCGAAAUCGGUUCCGCAUUCUGUCUCCGACACAAGCCCGCUGCAAGAUUCGCGAGUGCUGUUUGUUCUCUGCCAGCCACUGCCACAGCUUCCCCAUCAGGUGCUAGAAAUGGGAAAUCCUCUAUCCAAGAUGUCUGCCUAGUCCACAUGGCAAAACAGUCAGUAUCCGCAAGCCAGAGCAAGCUCCCCAGCGCAUGUACCACAUUAAGACUGGAUCAAGAUACGCGAUUUGACGGAGGUAGCUUGCCCUGGGUUCCAGGGGCCCUUCAAGGCAGCUUGUGGGUCCCAAUAGUUCUCGGCAACAAUCACCGAGUCGUUGGCUCCAAACUCUCUUGGAUAGGGUACCUGUAUGUUGAUGGUGGCGAUGGCUGUCGCCUGGUUUGUCCUAGUGGCUCUCAACACGUGCAAAGCAUGGUCAUACAUAUCGAGGAAACAAACACCUCCUUCAUGGGUUUACUGGUGGCAUACAAAUGUUCUGAUUCUUCAUCAUCCGUGGCGCUAGUGUGAAUAGCUAGCUAGAUUGCUAAUAUUGUAUAGCCCUGAGUUACAGAUGUUCAAUCUCUGUGGGCCAUCCAGAGUCGAACAUCUAUGUGUCUUAGAUUUCCCGACGCCUUGCCAUGCCCAUGACUGACGGUUGUUCGCGUAAAUCAUGUCUGCUUUGCAUGUGUGAUGAGACAGAGAGCAUAGUCGCUAGCUAUGAGGACGUCGCGAUUAAUUUCUGGCUUUCGGCCAAUCUGCGUAGACCAGGUCGGUCAGAGUCGAACGCUCUCACAAUGUGGCAGAAGGCAACUUUCUGAACAACUUCAACAAAAGAGCUGAGCCAUCCGCCGGCGCUGUGGGUGCUCCUGGUGCCACAGAAACAGCAUCACCGACCUGGCCAAACCUUUGGGUCGACCAUAUUCGAAGCCAAGGUACUGUUCAAUUCUCCACCAUCGUUCCUCAUCCACUAAAUCGGAACUUGCUUGCCUCUAACCGUCCCAACCCCUCUCGAGGAGCCACAUUUCUUCGUCUGUAUGAAUUCGUGAAAUCUUGCAGGAGGACACGCACUUUUCUUGACUCGUUCUGCUCCAGCUUGUCUGAGAUUCCCUUCAUCAGCUUGUUCGCCUCUGCAGGUUUCAGAGUGCCCGCUGGAAGGAGCUGCAGUGUAUUUUGGACCCAUUGUGCAGCAGCUUGGGGAACCAGACUGAAGAGAGACAGCAGGACGGCUGACGCAUCUGGAAACACGUCUUCGGGGAAACUAAACAUCAUGCCUGUCAACACCCGAUGAACCAGUUGCUGUCCAGUGGUGCUGAGAACUCGCUUGACAGCGCUUCGCACUUCGAGCGGUGUCACGGGAGUUGGUUCACCAUUGGGUCCAUUGAAGUUCGAGAUCGGAGGAUGGUCAAAGCCGAAGUCAAGGAAGUCUCGGAGGAAAUGCAACGAGGCCAGAACUGGCUCCAGCGAUUGAAGCGUCAGCGCAGUCAGGGAUGCCUGUACCAUGGGCUCUGCCAAGUGCGAUGUAAUAGCUUUCGCCGGAUAGUAUCUGAUGGCAUCUGACGCUAAACGGAAGAAAUCUUCGAUGAUAUCAGGGAGCUCAACAGGCUGUAGGUCGGCCAAAAUACGGAAGAAAACCGUAGCUUGCUGGGCGAAGAAUUGGUACACAUUUUCACUGGUGGCCUCGUCAACGAAUUCAGCACCAUAUGAAAAUUCUCGAAUGACCGCAUUGGUGGCCCACAGAAAUGCUCCCUGGCGAGAAGUCUCAAAUCCUUCGGCAAUGCUGGUAGCAAGAGCUGGCAGUAGUGGCGCAGUAGCGGUCCGAUAGGAGAUUAUCAUGGUUCUCCAGCACUUGCAAACUCGCUCCAAGAUGGGAAUCGACUUUGUAAAGUGUUUGGCGAUGCCUGACAAGGCAGGUAGGAUUUCCUGGCAGUAUUUGACUGCUGGGUUUGCCUCCUGUGGUGAAACAUAUGGCUGAACAUAGUCGAAGAAGAUGGUGAUGAGGCCUAGAUAGUCAGCUACUUGCUUCUCAGCGGCUUCAUCCUUGGCGUGUUGAGCGAGCGAAACCACUCUGUUCAUGACAGGGUCGCAGAAGAGCUUCAAAGAUGCGUAGAUAUGAUCAACUGGCUGCACUCCAACCACUGCAGCAACGCCUUCGGUCACCUCUUCUUGAC